GAAAUUCCUGAGUAUGUUAAUUUAAAAGAAAAAGAUACUUGCACAGUUUGUCAAGAUAUAAUUAGUCCAACUCUUCAAGAAUUAAUUACAAUUUUAACAUGCUGGCAUUUUUUUCACAAAAAAUGUAUAAACUAUUGGGUUGUUGAUUUAAAACUUUUUUGUUCUAAUUGUCGAAAUGAGGAAAAUACUAAAAACAAGACUGUUGAAAAUUUAAUAAAUACUGAAAUAAAUAUAGAUAAUGAUGAAAACUUUGGCACUAUCACAAUAAUACCUACUACGCUCACGAUGCCUAUGGUAUUUAUAUCUAAUACGCUUACAACACCUAUAAUAUCUAUUAUGCCUAUAGCAUCUACCGCAUCCACUAUACCUACUAUACCUAUACCUUUAGCACUUACUACAUCUUUAGUAUCCGCUACAUUCAUGAUACCUGCUAUAUCAUUUUUUACUGAACCUACAUCUACUGAAUCUAUAUAUGUUGAACCUACAUAUGCUGAAUCUAUAUAUAACGAAUCUACAUAUACUGAAUCUAUCAUAUCAGUAGCAUCUACUUCGUUGGUUUUAACUGUGAUAAGAAAAGAUAAAAAUUUUCAAGAAAUUUUCAAGCAAUUAAAAACUCCUGUUAAUAAUAUAUCCGAAGUUAUUAGUAGUAGUGAAGACACAAGUAUUGUUGAAAAAAAUAAUACAACAUCAAGCUUGGUUUUACUAUAUAAUAAAGCAAAUCGUAAUAAAAAACACACAAUAUAUGCAAACCAAGCUGAAAUAUUAUCCUAG